UCGCGGAAGUUAUUUGAAAAUCAGCUUUCAGUUUCUUGGAGAGAUUUAAAAUUGUCAGCAAACGUCGAUGUAAGAAUCAAGCAAGGGUCUCUUAAAGGAAACAAGCAUACGGUGAUUUUGUUCGAAGCAGGGUCUACUUGAUAGCAGAUUGAUUGCUCGUCCUGUGCGCUUUGAUCGACUUCAGUACACGCAGCGAAAGAUUCUUCACAGCCUGAUGAAGCCAAAGUGUUUUUUUUUCCUGGUCCUCCUGGGUUUUGGUCUCACCGUAUCUUGUCUUGAUGAGUCAAACGUCAAGAGUUACUAUGUGGAGAGGAGGAAAGGCAACCAUCCCGACCUCUUUGUUGUAGACAUGACAAGUGGUAGUCGGUGUGUGAGCUGCAGCUCGUUAAAUGCAUUUCAUCAACCAACGUUAUGGUUUCAAAGCCCCUGUGUUUGUGCCUGUUCGUCGGACAAUUCUACUUUUAUUCCGUCGUUGAGAUUUUGUAUAAGCAGAAAGACAUUGCCAGCAAAUUUUACAGAUUGUCCAAGUAAGAGAUAUGAAAAUGUAGCUUAUGGAGAACCCUUGAACUUCCCAGUUGACCUUCACAUGAAAGGAAACUGGAAAACAUCCUACAGUUCAAGCAAGUCUUGCAAACUCUAUGGCUACUAUUUGGAUUACACUGGUUUUCAGGUUAGAUGGAGAAAAAUUAAUGUCAGCGUCUUCCAACUAAUAAAGGAAGGAGGUACUGGGAAGACAUUUAGUAUUCAGAAGCUAGUGUCACGAGACCUGUUUUUCAUAUUUCGUAUUGUACACGAGGUUUUCUGCUUUGGAUUAAAAACAGUUCUUCCGCCAUCUUGA